UUUUUUUUUUUUUUUUUUUUUCAUUUUAGCAAACUGGUUUCAGUAAUAUAGAUAUCUGUAAAUAGUCUGGACAGAAUUGCGUUAUAAUUGUGUUUUUUAAUAAUGAAUAAUAAUAAUAAUAAUAAUGCUAACAAUAGGAAAUUGCAGUGUAACAAUGUACAGUGGAACCUCGAGAUACGAGCACCUCUGUAUACGAGAAAUUCAAAAUACGAGGAAAGUAUGAGCGAAAAAUUCAGCUCUAAAUACGAGCAUUGGUUCGCAUAACGAGCCACGAGCCAGGCUGUGGGUAUAGCUCGCGGCUUAGCAAGGGGGCGUGGUAGCAGUUGCGAGCCGCGAUCUGCGGUGUCUGCGUUUCUCACUUAAGUGCACAGGUGGGAAACUGCCCACAUCCAUGAUUGUUCCUGUGGCUGAUGGGCUGCAGCUGCCAUGUCCUCCCCGCAUAUAUAGAGAAGCGCGAGCCGGUUAAGGGGGAGAAGAAGUGAAAGAAAAGAAAGAGAGAGAGAGAGAAGGCAGGCAGGCAGGCAAGUGCAGGCUCGCGUGUAGCUGAACAGGCGAGCCAAACAGCUGAAGCAGGACGGUGUAGAGAAGGUCAGCUGCAUUAAGAGUGUCUCGCCUGUUGCAGAGCCCGCAUGGGAGAAGCAGGUGAGAUGCUAACAGAGAAGAAGCACCGGUGAUUGUCAUCUGUUUUUUAAAGACGGCAUCCUUUUGACGUUUUAACCUCGUGUUAAAGGAUUGUUAUUCUUGUGUAUUUUAAACCUCCACUUCACAACUGUUUUAAGGAUUAUUUAUUUAAAGAUUUAUUGAAUGCUCUACUGCACUUUGGACACCUGUUUUGAUUCUUUUAAUAAUCAGUUAUAUUAUUUACCAGUGUUAUUUAUUAAAGGUAGACUACAGUAUAUAUAAUUUAUCAGUGUUAUUUGUUAGGAAAAUUGAUUUUUAUGUUAAUAUAUUUGGGGUGCAGAACGGAUUAACUGGAUUUCCAUUAUUUUCAAUGGGGAAGUUUGUUCUAGAUACGAGUAAUUCGCUAUACAAGCUCAGUUCUGGAACGAAUUAAACUCGUAUCUAGAGGUUCCACUGUAGUUGUAAUAUUAUUAAAGGCCUUAAAAAAAAUCCAGCACUAGUAUUACCAACCAUUUUAUUUAUUUUGUGUCUAUGUUCCCUUACUCUUUCAGAAUUAACUUUCUGGUAUCCCUUACCAUGGCUGCCACUAGUGUUCUUACGUGAGUCUUUGUUUGUAGUAGCAGUGUUCCUCUUAAAACAAAGGUUUCUUUCUUUAAUUGACGUAAUGGUUGAUUGCAUUAUUUUAAUACACCCAACAUCGCCUGCGGUGUUGACAUGUAAGUAUUCAUAGGUUAAAUAACACAAAGAUUCAUUCAAAAAGUUUUUGGAAUAUCGGGCUUGGCGCUUAUAGACUUUGUUCAAAGGUGGCGGUUUAUCAUCCUGUUGUUCCCUUGUUCCUUGUUCCUUUUUGCAUGCUCAGUUACUCUUUAUUUGAUCUCUGUUGGAGGCAACGUGGCUUGGUGCAGACUAUAUGUAGGUUGUAACCUAUUAGUUGCUCCAUGAAGGCCAAUUUGUAAUAUUCUGAAAUUUCUUUUAAUUUCAGCUUUUGGUAACCUACACUUUAAAUGUAAAUGUCUGCCAGUUUCCUGCGGAUCUGUUUCAGGUCGCUCGUUGCAUUCCAGCUGGUUAAAUUUGAAGAAAAACAGAGGUGUUGUAAAACUUUGGAAUGGAGCUGUAACUUUCUCUUGGUUUGUCUGAUUUAUCCAGCUUGAAUCCUGUGCCACAGUUCCGCCGCGAGACCUCCGGCGAACUGACCCUGAAGGCCUCCGCCGAGGCGAUCCAGGUCGCCAAGGCAUACGGCCUGAGCGCCACCGUGCCGUACAGGGUCAAGUCGGCCGAGAUGGUCAAGGAGCAGGCCAGGAGACGGGUGCGGGCAGCAGGCGGUGACCCCGGGGACUCCAGGCUGGUGCGCAGCGUCAGCGAGCUCCAGUUUGGACAGUACCGGGGUCAAACUUUUAAAUGGUUGCUGACCCAUGACCUCGGCUAUGCCGUCAUGGUGUUGGCAACCCACCAGAGGGAGCGCGAAGAUGGCCAGGUGUCUGAUAGCCCGCUGGCGAGCAAUAAGAACACCCUGGAGUCCUACGCCUGGCUCUUUCCCGAUGUGAAGACGGCCAUCCGUCGUCGACGGGAGAGAGACGGGUCGGCCAGGACCCUAGACGAGGGCAAGAGGCUCGUCGGCUUCGGCCAACAUGGACACCUGACGUUUGAGGCCCUUUACGAUGCGGAAGAUCGGGAGGCUAAGAGUUACAUCAAAUGGCUCCGGCGCCAGACCACCAAAGUCGGGACCAAGAUGCAUGCGCUCCAGCUGUAUGUGCGAGGGAGAGACGAGGCAAAGGCAGCAGCAACCUCCUCACUUCCCAAAACCACCACUGUUACCCCCACCACCUCUCUCUCUGCAGCAGCCUCCGUCGUCGAGAUUCCCGAUGACGUGCUGCUGUCGGCCAGCAUGGAGUUGGAGGCUGCAUCUACCUCCCAGUCUGCAACCAGUGGAGGGCCCGUGCCAUCCCAGCGCUCCCAACCGACGGCUGAUCCGGGAAAGCAGCCUUUGCAAAUGCUGUCUGUAGCCAGGAGAGAGCUACUUUUACCCGAGGGCUGGAGGACUUCCCUACCCAAAGAACAGCAUGUGUGGGUAAGUCGGGCCCUUUUCACCAGGGGCAAGGAUGGAAAGCCUGUUCUGACGUCCAACCUUCGCCUUUGGUGGUAUCCUCCCGGCCCCCGCAACGUGCACCUCCAGCCCCCGACAUCGCCCGACACCUUUUUUCAGCGCCCGUUCUUCCUGUGGAUGCCGUACCGCAUGCGGGGCUACAAGCUGUCCUGCACGGUGUGCAGCCACAGGUUGUCGGGAGCCGGACUCUACAGGACCGUCCGGAGGGUCCUGGAGUCAGACGGAUGGUACUUUAUGGCCACGGAGUACCUGGAGUGCCGGCGCUGCAAGAAGAAGGUGGCGGGCUGGUCGCAGGAUGUCUUGGAUCAGCUGCACUGCACCCAUCGGGAUGACUUUCCAGCUAUCCUGACUUACAGAUUAUCCUGCGACAAAAAGCUCAUCGGGCAGAUGCGUGAGCGCACACUGGGCAACGGGGCCACCCGGCUGCGCAAAUAUCUGCUCGAGGAGCACGUCAAGUCCUGGUUGGAGCGGUCCAGAAAGUUCAUGUUCGCGGCCACCAAGUUCAUCACAUCGGGUGCCGAGCCAUCUACGACUACGCCUCGACCACCACGGAUGACCCCGGUGUAAAGUGGUUGCUGUCCAUCUAUGCCAGGGAGGUGGCUUCGAGGAUAGAAGAGACCAAGGCCUGGAUCACCUCCAUCUUUGGCUCAUUCUUGAAGAUGGACUCAACCAAGAAGGUGACCAAGAAACUUGCUGGUGCCGCGGCAGGAACGGCAGCCUGGGUGACCAACGUGGGGAAUGAGUAUGGCCAGGUCUUAAUCAGCGUCCUCACUGCAGCCGAGGGUGCUGGCCUGUACCCCAUGGCCACCGGGCUGAUGCGGCGAUACCGUGAUGCCGGUGUGUCCCCGCCUCUGGUCCUCUAUGUGGACCGAGACUGCUGUUCCCACGGGGGACCAUCCAAGGUGUCCUUCUUAUUCCAUCAGUGGGAUCAGCUAGUGGUGCGGCUCGACGUGUGGCACCUGAUGCGACGCUUCGCGGCAGGUGUUACCACGGAGAGCCACCCACUAUACAGCCUCUUCAUGGCGCGUCUCUCGUUCUGCAUUUUUGAGUGGGACGAGGGAGACGUCGCCCGGCUGCGACAGGCCAAGGCUGGUGAGGCAGGGAAGGGUCCCCGAGGCUCCAGGCAGGGAAACAUCCCGUUAAAGGAGCUGGCCCGCCACUGCCGCACGCGCGGGGCGGAGGAGACUGGCCGGCUCAUUGACGAGAUGUUGGAGGCCUUCGGGGACGCCACUGACACCAUGGGUAUCCCGCUUUUGGACCGUGCUAAGAUCCAGGACAUCUGGAAAACACAGAGGCGCCACCUCCACUGCAUCCAGGACCCACCCGGCGUGCACCUGUACAUGCAGACCGGGCAGCUGGUCAAAGGGGGGGAUCACGCUGCCGGUGUUCAGGUGUGCGCGAGGUUCAACUUCGUUGGAGUCGUUCCACCUGCAUCUGGACCGCUUCAUACCUGGUAAGGGUGCCCAGAACCUGUUCUUUGUGACCUGUGUUGUGCGAGGGAGUGGGUGGCAUUGCAUUUUUAUCUUUCACUCUCUCUCUCUCACUCACUCACCGUGUCUUUCAGGCACUUCAGCCAGCGCGGCCCACUUUCAGGCCUAUCUGCUGGAAGGCCUGGCGCGGUGGAACGAGGACCAUGCGGCACAAGCAGUGGAGGCAGCAGACCGUGAUAUGGUCUGCUACAGUGGCCAACUCCAGCACACCGUCAAUGAGCUGAGUGAAAUUUUAUAUCGCACGAAGCUAGUUGACGAUCACACCCGGCCUGCGAAGUACACUGGUGAGCUCAUCGGCGUCCAAUACCUUUUUUCGCAGACCGGUCGAGUGCUGGAGGAAGUGAUGGGCAGGGAUCCCGACGCUCUGGAUGGGACUGAUACAGACGACGACAGUGUCGACGAGGGCUUCCAAGAGAACGAGGGGUCGGUAGAAGAACAUCUCGAAAACACCCUCUUCGGCCUUGAGGAGGACUUCGCCCGACAACCGUCGUCUGACAAGUCCCAGUCGCAACCUGCCAUCGGCGCCUCAGUCUGGGCCAGCCGACCAGGAGACCUCCCCUGGAGACGAGGCCAUUCAAAGGGUGUCCCACGAGCCAAGUAGCCUUGGAGCUGACACUGGCCCGGGUUAUGAGCACGUGGUCAACCUGGCCUCUAGUCUCAUGACGCUGCGUCACCGUGCUUACGUGACUCAGCAGCAAGUGGCGGAGAUUGUCGCUCUCUGGGAACGAUUGCUGGAGGGCGACAAGGCCCCGGUUCGCUUCCCGCCACGCCACCAGGAAAGACUGGUGAAGGGGAGGUUCCAACGCAAGCACUCGCAGACCAGUGUCACACCGGGAGUGGAGAGCUUGCGACGGUGUAUGGUCGGCCAAGGCGCACAGAUGCCAAACAUCAGCCGCCUUGUGGAGGCCGUUUGUAUAGAACUGUCCAGGAUUCACCCCGAAGGAACCACCAUCUGCGGCGUGAGGGUGAACCGCUGGGCAGCUGUGAUGCGGGAUUAUAUCUGCAUCCAAGAGAACAUCCUUACAAACCCGGUACUCAUGGCCCAGACACGUAUCCAGUUAUUCCCCCUCAAUCAGCGCACCCUGGCACAAUGGUAAGUACACACUGGACAAGUGGGAUCCACCAUGCCCCUCUCCUCCCUCCCACCCUGACUUACUUUGCUUUCUGUCCCUGUAGGCACCUCACUCGCACCAGGGAGCUGGUACGGCGGGCUCUGGAGAUGGCCGUGCCAUUGCCAUCCAGCUCGGCCCUUGCUUCGGAGCCCACCCCUGCCGUACAGCCACGGCCCACGGGCCCCGAGCAGUCCGCUGCACCAUGUCAUGAAUACUCGGAUACAAUACAAUAAAAUAAAAUAAAAUAAAAUAAAAUAAAAUACAACGCAGCGAACUCGGGGCCCCGUGGAUGUGGCACCACCAAUUGUUGGCCACCCCCCCGUGCCACAAGAAGCACCCGCCACCCAGCCACUCCUCCCGCCGGCUGACACUGCCGCCUCUCCGCCUCCACCGGCACAACCUUCAGUACCCCGCACCACUGCCUGGCGGCGGAGGAGCUGGCGCAACAGCAAGGUAUCCCUCCCAAACAAAGAAAAAAAGUGGAGGCCUUUGUUUGCCAGCGCUGUGGCCGUCCUAAAACAAAAGAGUUCGGCCACAGCCGCUUUGGGAGGGAAACCUUUUGUUCCAGGAAAAGAGGAGAGCGAAGCAAAAUCGUGCCGGGGGGGAUGGCCACUAAACAAUUUUUGUUAAUCAGUAGAUGGGCCCAUACAUUGCUUUUUUUUUUUUUUUUUCUUAUUUUUAUAAAUUUUUCAAGCUGUUUUUACUUUUUUUUUUAAUUUUUUUUUUUUUUUUGACAAUCUUUACAAAUGACUGGCACUUUAUAUGUUGGCAGAAAGGGAGGACUGCUUCAUUUUUCAAGCUGUUUUUACUUUUUUUGACAAUCUUUUUUAAUUUUGGGCUUCAUCUACUGGUUAUGGUAGUUAUUUUUUUUAUUUGAUAUUUAUUUAUUUAUAUAUAGUUCCUUGGAUUGUUGUUUGACCUUUAUUUAAUAUACACUGAUUUCAUGUUAUAUUUAUUGUAUAUAGUUAUUUCACGUUAUUUUUUUUCUUGGAUUGUUGAUUGAUUUCUAUUUAUUAUAUGUAUAUUCAUUGUAUAAACCUUGUUGAUUGAAUCGUUGUGUCUGCCUGCCUGCUUCUGUCCCGCCCGCCGCCGCUUUAAGGGCUCUCUGUUUACCUUCCCGCGACCGCGUGGCUAAUCGGCUAUGCGCCCGCCUC